AUGGAAAGUGGACUUCUGACAGAUGCAGGCCAGAUUGCACAAAAUGGAGGUAUAUGUGCAAUUCCGGGACAAUUGCAUAAAAAUUUGGGCUUUUUGAGCUCAGUAAAGUCCAGACAGUUGCAAUACAGUCAUACUAAAAAUUUUAGGCCCUAUGGGGCCCAUAUUCCCAAGUUUUUAGCAAAAAUAGCCACCGUGUCUAUCAUUUUGAAACACCCAAAAUUUGGAAAAUCUUUUGUGAAAAGUGCAAUUGCAGUGCAAUAAGAAAAAUUAUUUUUUUGUAUAUGUUUUCAAACCUCCUCUUUCAAUCUGUAAAGGUUUCGUAUCCGUCAACUGAACCCCGACACCGCAAUUGAAAAUUUUGUAGGCGUGUCUAUCAUUUUGAAAUGGAGUGUAUUAUAUGUGCCGCCGACUACAAAAGAAGCCGUUUAUGCGGGGAUCUUUGUGUUCGUUGGCUUCUUUAUCUUUGAGGUUGUUUCGAUUGUCAUCAUAUUUGUGGUGCUGCGACAAUUGGAGGAAAAGAAGUCAAGCUUUUCGAAGGAAACCUACCGACUUCACAAACAGCUGACUGUAGCGUUGGGGGUUCAGGUAGGAUUUGAUAAAUAUAGCCCUGCAACUGUUGAUUCCCCGACGUCACUUGCAAAGACUAUUAAAACUUUAUGUGCCUAUGACCCUUUUAGUCUUGCAGCUUCUCACUCCAUUCCUCCACAUCGUCGCGCCUUUUACACUCUUCCUAAUCUUUAACUACCCGUAUGGCACGAUGAGUUACGCAACAGGAACUCUGUUUAUCAUGUACAUUGAGCUCUACGGAACUUCCAAUUCAGUGAUUACUUUGUAUAUGGUCAAGCCGUACCGAGCAUAUCUCAAAUCAAAGGGGAGUGCGUUUAUUAAGCGAAUUACCUUUGGUAAAUUCGGAAAUGAACCCGAACAUGUCAUGGUGAUGGCUACGGAGAGCACUAUCAACACUUCCAUGUACUAA